CGUCCCCACCGGCGUCCUCAGAUUUUCAGCUACUGAUGUUAGAAACAACAAAAUAUUGGACAAUAGAAUUGAAGAAACGACUUAAGCCAGAUUUUUCUUCACCAAAUUUAAAAUAUGGAUCCUGAAACACAGGAGCCACAGAUUAUCCAAGCAACACCUCUUCAGCAAAUGUUUGCCUCUUGUACUGGAGCUAUAUUGACAUCACUGAUGGUCACACCCCUGGAUGUUGUUAAAAUUCGACUGCAAGCCCAAAACAAUCUAUUCUCCAAAGGAAAAUGUUUUGUAUAUAGUAAUGGACUUAUGGAUCAUGUAUGUGUUUGUGAAGAAGGCAACAAAGUAUGGUAUAAGAAGCCAGGACGAUUCCAAGGAACAUUGGAUGCCUUUUUGAAAAUAAUUCGAAAUGAAGGCAUUAAAUCCCUGUGGAGUGGCCUUCCUCCUACUUUAGUGAUGGCAGUUCCUGCCACCGUUGUUUAUUUUACCUGUUAUGAUCAAUUAAGUGCUCAUCUGAGAUCUAAAUUAGGAGAAAAUGAAAACAGCAUACCAAUCAUUGCUGGAGUUGUGUCCAGGUUUGGUGCCGUCACUGUGAUAAGUCCAUUAGAACUAAUUAGAACUAAAAUGCAGUCUAAGAAGUUUUCCUACAAGGAGCUACGUCAAUUUGUCUCCAAGAAAAUAUCUGAAGAUGGUUGGAUUUCUCUUUGGAGGGGCUGGGCUCCUACUAUUCUUAGAGAUGUGCCAUUCUCAGCAAUGUACUGGUACAACUAUGAAAUUUUAAAGAAGUGGUUGUGUAAAAAAUCUGGUUUAUAUGAACCAACAUUUAUGAUCAACUUUACUUCAGGGGCAUUGUCUGGAUCUUUUGCAGCUAUUGUAACUUUACCGUUUGAUGUGGUAAAAACACAGAAGCAGACGCAGUUUUGGAUAUAUGAAAGUCAUAAAAAUCCUGUGCCUUCACAUUUGUCAACCUGGGUUAUACUGAAGAACAUUGUUGCUAAGAAUGGAAUUUCUGGGUUAUUUGCAGGCCUGAUUCCUCGUUUGAUUAAAAUUGCUCCUGCUUGUGCCAUUAUGAUCAGUACAUAUGAAUAUGGAAAGAAUUUUUUCCAGAAACAAAAUACUCAAAAGCAAUACCAGUGAUGCUGUUUCAUCAUGAAAUUACAACCAUAGAAAAUAAUAA